CGCAGUUAUAUAUCAUUAACAACAAAAGACUAAAAAAGUCUUCUCAUUUCAAACUUUAAAAUUUCACAGACUCUGUCUUUGUUUUGAUCAAAAGCACACUUGAAGUAGACAUUAUAUAAACUUAAUAAACCAUCUCAAAGGAUUAAGCAAAAGAUUAAGCAAAACCAUGCUGGAUACAUAACAUCACUGUAUGUGAAUCGAGGAGUAAGUCUUUGCAAUUUCUCUAUCUCUUUUUUUUUUUUUUUUUACCAGUCUUUCCCAGUAACCAUGUCAACAGCAUCUGCAGCAUGUGGGGAAACUUCCACUUCGAGACGUUUGAUGGGGACGUUUAUCAGUUCCCAGGCACGUGCGAGUAUAACCUGCUAUCGGACUGCGAAAGCCUCAGUCGCCAGUUCUCGGUUCAUGUGAGGAGAACAGAACAUGCCAAUGACCCAAAGAUCAGCAGCGUGUCGAUUGCCAUUGGUAUCAUCGUCAUUAAGUUGACCGAGAACCAGGUCGUGUUUGAUGGAGAAAAUAAAACGCUGCCCGUGCAUAUAGGAGGGAUCCUUGUGGAAGAGAACACAAUCUACACCAGGGUCAGUUCCAAAAUGGGCAUCACUGUCACGUGGAACAAAGAAGAUGCAGUCACGGUGGAGUUGGACUCAAAAUAUUCAGGUCACACCUGUGGAUUGUGUGGCAAUUUCAAUGGAGUUCCUGAUGAGUUCAUUGAAUCAGGAUACGAACGAAAGGUUGGCUUCGUUGAGUUUGGGAAUAUGCACAGAGUUUACAACCUAAAUGAUAAAUGCCAAAAUCCUUCUGAAGAAGAUGACGACAAAAACCAUUUAAACCAGUGUGACAAUUAUCGGGCAGAUUGUGCAGAUCUUUUGGAGAAUGAAGACUGGUUCUCCUGUAAUGAGAUUUUGAACCCUAAGCCAUAUAUCAGUGCCUGUAUAAUUGAUAUGUGCUUGUAUGAACCUGAAGACACCGACAACUCCUCGCUUUGUGCGACUUUGUCUGAAUAUUCACGUCAGUGUUCGCAUGCUGGGGGAGAUCCACCGAACUGGAGAACAGAUGACUUCUGCGCUGUCACAUGCCCCUACAAUAUGGUACAUUCUGAAAGCGGCUCCCCCUGUAUGGACACAUGCUCACACAAAGUCGCACUGUGUGAGGAACACAACAUCGAUGGCUGCUUCUGCCCAAUAGGAACUGUAUUUGAUGAUAUCGGAAAGAUUGGCUGCAUCCCUGUGGCGCAAUGUCGGUGCUGGCACAACGGCAAGAUUUACACGCCAGGAGAGGUUCUUCACAAAAAUGAGGAGGACUGGUAAUAAAACAUAUUUUACUCUUUUCUCCUUC